AGGAUGAGUGACGAAGGAGUCAGAGCGACUAACAAUGAUGCCUCGCACUGUAAGCGAUGGUGUGUGGAAAAACGCUACUUCAGGGACGAUUACCUGAAGUAUUUUGUACACAGCACCACUGCUAAAGCGCCUGAGAUUAGUCGGGGAUAUUAUGUCAGGGUACAAAGUGUUCGUCAAGCGAUGCGGAGUUUUAUCAAGCAACAUGAUAGUAACUGUCAGAUUAUAAACAUUGGGGCCGGCUUUGAUACGCUGUUCUGGAACUUGACCCAGGAGGGAUUGCAACCUCAGGCUUUCGUCGAGCUCGACUUCCCUCAGAUAGUGAUGAAGAAGAUAAGAGUAAUCUCGAGUAAAAGUGAGCUAAACUCAGUAAUAUCACGUGACGAGGGCGGGUGUGACGGCACCAAGGUUACCAAGGGCAGUGUCCACUCUCAAUGUUACCAUCUUCUCUCUAUAGACCUUAGGGACAAGACAGCAGUGAGUAAGGUAGUUGAGGCGUGUUCUCUGGACCCAACCCUCCCAACUCUAGUCCUGACGGAAUGUGUACUGUGCUACAUGCCUGCUCAAUCCUCUGCUCAUCUUAUCAGCUGGGCUUCUACCACCUUCCCUAAUUCUCUGUUCCUUAACUACGAGCCCUGCAACAUGUCAGACAGGUUCGGAAGUAUAAUGAUAGAGAACAUGAGGUCACGUGACUGUGAAUUACCUGGUAUUCUGGCGUGUCCCACUCUGACUGAUCAGGAGAAACGCUUCACCGACCUGGGAUACUCUAACGCGAAGGCAAUUGACAUGAACCAAGCUCUAAGACAGUUGCCGGCUGGAGAUUUUCAGAGAAUAGCCCGACUUGAGUUCUUUGAUGAACACGAGAUUCUUACCCAGUUAUUGGAACAUUACUGUCUUUCUUGGGCUACGCAAGGGCACUCCGGAAAUAUUUGCCUUGAUCUUGCAUUGUGAGAAGGCUUCGAGUUUCUUUUUGGACGAAUAUUCUAACUGCACAGAAGAGUGGCAAAACGAAAGGCUGAGGGGGUUCGAGGUAUUAUCGAAUGUUUUUAUAAUGUGGUUACUAGGAAUGGCUGUAGCCACAAAAAUGAUCUGUUUUGGUUUUAAGCGAAUCCCGCUGGCUAAAGUAUUCAACAAUCACGAGAAAAAGAGAAAGGCAGUACAAUCAUCGUGUUACGUCAAUCGAACAAGAGAUAUUCGCCCCUGUAGUGUUUUCCAUGUCAGAACAUCGCAGUAAUAGUCAUGGAUCUGGAGACAUUCCCGUCUAUAUAACUUCCGACCCGGGGUUUGAGACUUGGAAUAGCUCAAGGGAACCAUUACAAACAAAUUUGG